AUUAAAAUAAAAAAGAGAAAAAAAUUGCCAUGCAUUGUUAAUCUCUCAAGCUUAGUUACCAUGAAAAUUCCUCCAAAAAAACCUCAUUUUUUCAAACCUAUUCAACCAGGUUUCAAGAAUGGUCUUAAAAUUCCUAUAGGUUUCUUGAAGUAUUUGAAGGGAAAUGACAAUGUUGAACAUGCAAUAUUGAAAAGGGGUGGCUAUAAGUGGUCUAUGAAAGUGAAUGGACAUCGAUUCGAAGCGGGUUGGGUUGAAUUUGUAGAACAACAUGGUUUGAAAUUGGGAAAUAUAUUGAUGUUUAGACAUGAAGGAAACAUGGAAUUUGAAUUUUCUAUAUUUGAUUCAAGUCAUUGUGAUAGAGAAUAUGUAGAGUAUAUGGAGGAAGUAGGAGAUCAUACAAGGGAAGAGAUUUCCAAGAAAUUUAAAUUCAAAGAGGAUGCAACAGAAAGACCACGGCAAAAGAUCAAGUCGUCAAGAAAGACUUCUUCCCAUAUAAUAAAAGUUGCUAAUCAUCACAAGUCUUUUGGUCAUUCUCAUGUUGAAUGCACUAUUAGAGAAUAUAACAUUUCGCGAGGUUAUUUGCACCUUCCUCGACAAUUUGCAUAUGCAAAUGGCCUCGCGAAUAAGAAGUGUGAUUUGAUUAUAAGAGAUGAAAGACAAAGGUCGUGGAAUGUAAAGCUAAGUUCUUCUAAAACUCGAAGCUAUAUCAGCGGAUGUGGACGGACCAAAUUCUUUGCUGAUAAUUGCUUAAACAAGGGAGAUUGCAUAAUGUUUGAAGUCGUUACUAAUGGAGAAACACCAAUAUGGAAAUUUCAAGUUACUUAUCGAGAAGUUCCAUUGCAGAUGUUUCAAGGCAAGUUUUCUCAUGUAACCAAUCUCUUAUUUCUUUGAUGAUCUUUUUCAUCGUCAUAUAUGUGUAUUAUUCUGCAUUGUUUAUGUAAAGUGUUUUUCAUGUGAUUAAAUAGAAGUGUUAUUUCUUUUCGAUUAUGGGGUACCCUUUAGCUACUUCUUCGUGUUAGUAGAAUACUGCUAAAGUGCAGUUUGCUGUAUGUAUUCACUCAAGAAUGCAGUUUGAAAACAGUAAAGGCCGGUUAUGCUGAAAAUUAAUAUCAAAGUCACUGAUCAGCGGGGCUGAUAGUUAAAAUUGUAUAAUCGUGUGAACUGUAUUUUGAUAUCAUAUUCUCUUUUUCUUAAUAGAGCGACAUCCUCACUGAGGAUUCACGUAUCAGACCACAGUUUGAGUUUGUAUUUAGGCACAGUAGUAGUACUAGUGUUGUUGUUCUGUUUUUCUAAACAGAAUGACAUCCUCAGUGAAGAUUCGUAUGUCGAACCACAAUUUGAGUUUGGAUGAAGGCAUAGUAGUAGGACGAAGGGGGUUCACUGGCGGAAAAUUACAUUGUUUAUACAAGUUCAAAUUAUAUUUAUAGUAGAUGUUGAACCCUUUUGACUUCUUUGUGUGUUUACUUUUCAUAUUUUGAACCUCUUAAUGAAAAUUUUGACUACGCCACUGUAUAGUAGUAUUAGUUGUUAGUCUGUUUUUGUUCUCAAUAGAGCGACAUCCUCAGUGAGGAUUCAUAUAUCAGAUCGUAAUUUGAGUUUGCAUUAAGUUAUCGUGGUUGUUAUUCUGUUUUUUUCCUUCCAAAAUGAUUUGGAAUUUGAAAAAGAGUUCAUGAAAGGUCCAUAUUUAGAAAACGUCCCCUGCUAAUUAUCGAAACUUAUAUAUGUUAUAUAUCUUCCUUUUAUCCUAAUUUCACACUUCCUUAUCAAGUUUUCUUUCUUUUGCUAUGUUUUACUUAAUAAGCAGACAUUAUGAAAAAAACAUCAAACACGAGUCUUCUCAAUGCACAAGUAGUUACUUCGACUUCUGGUGAUGAUCACCAUCCUUGUUUUAUUUCAACCGUUAAACCUUAUUGCUUCACAAGAGCACUUUUGGUAAGUUAUGGAACUAAAUUUUGUUAUGGUUGAAGUUAAUUAUAUACAAUAAUGUAGGCAACUUAGCGCGAUGGUGUACAAAAUUGUACACUGUUGAGUUAUAGGACUUGAACUGUUUUUGUUCUAGUCCUUUUUUUCUAAUACGCGGAUGGACAAAAUUCUUAGCAGAACAUGGACUCCGGGUAGGAGAUGCUUACAAGUUUGAACUCAUCGAGAAUGGGGAAAUGCCUAUAGCACAAUUCCAUUGCAAAUAUUCUGAAAAGGUUGCAAAGAGAGAAGAACAGUAAUGAAGCAAGUUGACUACUUAAAAUGCAAAUUGGUUGAUCCAAUGUUUGGUAUAUAACUUCAAAACCUACGUACGAUGUUUCUGCAGAACCUUCAUGUUAGGUAAGUAAAUGAGUGAGACUUGGAAGUAAUGACUUACUAACCAACUUUUGUCUAGGCCUCGAUGACUCAGUAUGGCUUGGUCGUGGUUGUGUAAACUACGUGGCUUAGUUGAGCGUUGUCUCGUUUCCUAGCAGGACAGGCUUGGUAGUACGUUGGUGCAUUGUACCUGUUUCCCUGUUUAUACCAGUAGUAAUAGUAGUAGCAUUUGUCUUAUGACUUUUGUUACUUAUUGUUAUUCACUGUGCUUCAGUUAUCACAUUGGUAGAAUAUGUUGAGAGCGCCUCUUUUGAAUGCUAUUAUGUUUCCCUAUUAUUUUAUUUCAUCUUUA